AAUGGAAGACAGCUGUGUCUCACACUUGCUAUUAUACACUACUCUUCCUGUCUAAAAUUAAUUUCCCUAAUAAAAUGAAUUAAGUGACUCUUUAAGCAGUUAAGGAACUAAUAAUUAGGGGGAAAUUUCAUUCACUUUAAACGUAACAAGUCUACUUACUAUGAAUAGGAAGGGAGCAAAAGGUCUUAAGCUACUAAAAAGAAAAUCAGCAAAGACUCACCUUAAAAUCAAAAAAAAAAUCAAGGCCAUUGGUCAAGUUUAGAACAUCAAGUUUAUGUUGAGUUCCUCAAAUUACAUUAUAACACUACUAUGCAGAGUCAACAAAACAGAAAAAAUAAUAAAAUCUUCAAACUCAUGUCAAUGACAAUAGGAACAAGAUCACCAUCACAAUGCAGGUAUAAAUUUAUAAUAUGAAGAUCACACCAUCAAAAAUUUAAUCCGUUUACAUUAGCUGGGCAAAAGAGAAACAAGAAGAAUAAGAAGAGAAUAAGUAAAUAUUGAUCAUAAUAAUAUUAGAUGCUGAAAACAUAACAUCUACUAGCGAAGUUUAAUAGUAUUUCACACCAGAAAUCAAAUCUCAAAUAAGUAACAAUUUAGUAUUAUGAAACAAAGAUCCCUAUCAUUUUGAGUACAUGUCCAAUUAUGAAGAUUCCCGUCCUUAGUUAUACAACUUUUGUUGUGAUUCUAAUGAUGAGAGCGAUUGGUGUUAUAGAUAAAAUUGUAAUUAGUACUUAGAAGGACUUCUUGACUGA